GUCAGUCAAAAUCAAAGCACUUUUUCUUUACCUUUCAGAGGAAGAUGGCGAUACAGAGAGUUUGGAUUUAUGUUUCUGCAGCACUCCUCACUACAAUAUGUUCCAUAUUUGCUGAUCAGACAGUGAAACCUAUUGUUGGGGUUUUGUUCCUCCAUGUGUUGGAGAGGGAUCACUAUCAAGUAAGAUUUCAAUCCUUCCAGGAAGCUAAGGGUAUAGUUACCAAUAGUUCUAUUACAUUCAGUGCGAAUCUCGAUGAUCAUCCAGAUCGGCCACGGUGGCUUCGCCUCACACAACGGACUGCGUACCAUGAUGGAAUGCUUUAUGGCACACCAACUUUGGAAGACGUUGGACAGAGAAUAAUUAAAGUAACUGCAUAUAAUAGAGAAACGUAUGAGACAACAAGUCAAAACAUCAUCGUUAAUGUUGAACAGACAAUAGGGUUGAAAUUUCCGUACCAAGUUGAAUUCUUUGUGAAAAACAAAGAUGUGGAGGAGGUAUUAGUCUUUGCAGUUCAAAAACAAUUCAUGGGCAGAGUGCAGAGCAUUUGGGAUUCGAAUCAUUUGACCAUAAUCAACAUCACUUCUGCAUUAGACAGAGGAGGCCGAGUCCCUUUGCCUAUUGAAGGAAGAAAAGAAGGUGUGUAUGUAAAGGUUGGCUCCAAUAUUCCCUUUCCCUCUUGCUUGGAAGAAGAAGCAAACCCUGAUGAACAGUGUGAUGACCAACAGGAACCUGUCAGCUGUGAAGAUACAUUUCGUCCUCAUUUUAUAAUUGACUGGUGUAAUAUUUUACUGAUUGAUAAAUCCAAACCUGAUAUCCCUGAUGCUGAUUUGGUUCCUGGUGAUGGUGUCCUCAUGGAUGGUGGAGAAUACAACCCACCUUCAAAUUCCAUUGAAGACAGAGACUACUACUUAGACUAUGUGGUGACAAUCACUGUUCCUUUAGUGAUUGCUCUGAUUCUGUGCCUCAUCCUUACUUACAUAAUGUGUUGCCGUCGAGAGGGCAUAGAAAAAAGAGACGGAGAAACCUCAGACAUACAACUUGUUCAUCACCAUUCGAUUCAAGAUAAUACCAGUGAACUUAGAGAUUUGGCUAAAAGCAGGGAUGGCAUCCGGCCUCUCUCCACUCUCCCUAUGUUUAAUGCAAGAACUGGAGAAAGAGCACCACCACCUCUGCCUUUCAACUAUGACACUUCCCGUGUACCUCUUGUAUUGGACCAACAGGAGCCUUAUAGUGACCCCUAUCCAAGAAACCAGCCAAAAACACAACAGCAAGAAACUGGUACGUAAAGGCAUAAAGAAAAGGCUGUGGACUGGAUACUAAUCACGCCAAUACAAAAUACACCCCUUCUAUAAUGAAAAUGAGAAAGACGCCAUGAUGGAAAUGCAUGUGCACUUAGAUUUAUGCCAUUGAUUUCUAACGAUCAUAAGCUAUGUGUUCUGUCAUGCCUGCUGACAUCUGUAGCGCUUCAUUCUAUGUGAGUUAAGUAACUAAUUAAGCAAACUUGGUAUUGUUACAAGGAAAUUGCAAUGCACAAUUUCAGCAAGUUAAUGUGUUAUGAGCAUAACACCUUUGUGAAAAUACCAAAGAACAUUAAUAAGUGUUUUACCAGAUUUGUAUGGAAAUAUCAGUCCGUGGGCUUUUAAGCUUUAUGUUAAACUACACAGAAUGACCCGAAUGAAGUGAUCUAGUUACAAGGCAAUGAUGCACCAAAAAAGUAAAGAUUUAAUGGUUUAUAGAUAGUAUCUGAGUCUUCAUGUGGAAUUAAUGCUUAAUUGAAAUAUUGUUUUCGGCAAUGUAGGCUUUAUAGGCGCUUUAUGAAUUUCAUUUCUUUCCCCUAGUUGUACAGAGUACAUUUUGUGGAUUGGGUAUUGGAGCACAUUUAAUCCCAUUAAAACAAUGGAACAAAAUAUCAGAUGCCAUGGGUACCUGGUAGCCAAUCCAAUACAAUCCAUUUUGCACGACUGCCCAAGACAAAUAUCAAACUACAUACUUCUACAGAGAGUCAGUCACCUUGUGCUAAGUUUACUAGUGGCUUCAAGAUGAAAGAUGCAAUGAAUGACACACUGAAAAUGAUUUUCAACAGAGUACUGUGAAACAGAAAAUAAAUUUUGCAAAAUAUAUUUGUAUCUUACAUUUGAGAUGGAGCUCCGAAUUCUUGUUUUGUAUUUAAAUUAAAUACAUAGGAAUCUUCUAUGUAAUACAAAACCCAUCACACUCAAGUAUAUAACACAACUUUCCAUUAUCUGAAUUCAUUGUUUACACAUUGCAUGUGUUUGCUUCAAGAAGUACUUCUUUAACCUUGUUCCAUGAUAUAUGAUGCUACAGCGAUAUCAGUUAGCUCUGUAUUCUAAGUCAAUGGGAAGAGAAUACAGAUUAAAGACGCAUAUUUGCCAGUAA